UCAAUUCAUUUUAUUUUUGUGGAUUUUUAAUUGUUGCGGAUUUGGUGUUGGUGAUGAAAUUUGAAUGUUUAUAAAAGUUUAAAUUUUACAUAUCUUUUGGAUUUGUUUUUCUUCUUGAUAACUGGUGUUUUAUGUCUAUCAUUAGAUAUGUGUGUCAAGCUUAAAUUUUUGUAAAGUAUUAUACACGGAAAAAUAACGCAGUUUAUUUUACUUCUCGUACAUCUUUUUGAGAUGAAAAAUGAAUGAUAGUUCGGAUGUUAUCCACUGGUCGGAACCGCACUGCUCUAAAGAUGCUUUAACCGACACAUAUGGUUGGUUUCUGCAAUUUUUGCUUGCAGUUUUAGCGUUUACAUGUUUGAUAGGUAAAAGAUUCUGUGAGCCACGCUAUGCAAGAAGACCAUGGUUGAUUUGGUUCUAUGAUACAUCGAAGCAAGGUUUGGGAGCGUUAAUUAUACAUGCGGCUAAUGUUUGGCUAUCUCCAUAUCAGACAGGAAACCCAUGUACUUGGUACAUUGUAAAUUUUAUGCUAGAUUCUACACUAGGGCUUCUUAUAAUAUGGGCGGGUAUAAGACUUGCUCAAUACUAUGCAAGAGUCUAUGAUAUACCACUUAUCAAUUUUGGAGAAUAUGGUAAACCACCAAUGUGUUCAGCGUGGCUCUGCCAGUGUGUGCUGUACGCAGCGCUGGCUACGUUCGCUAAGUCCAUGCUAGCUCUGGUUCUGCAACUGCCGAUCGUUCAAGCUGUGCUCUCAACGUUGAGAUUGUCACCGGUGUCCGAUCCACGGCUUGAACUCGCUGUUGUUAUGCUCAUCAUACCUUUCUUUGUUAAUAUUCUCAUAUUUUGGGUAACAGAUAACUUCCUUAUGUAUCAUCCGCGAGGUGUCAGCACUAAAUUAAAGACAAAGGUGCGUUACCAGUCCAUAAAGAAGGAUAAGACCUGUUCUGAUGAGGAGGAGCAUUCGGCUGAUGAACGUCUUCUCGGCGCGAGUGUAUGACCAACGUUGAAGCCCAGUGCAUUACGGGCCUAAUAUCUUAGAUAAGUGCUCUACUCACAUCACUAUAGUUAUACUUUUUUUUUGCGCGGGAAAUACAUGGCCAUUUACUUUUUAAUAUUAAAAAAAAAUCACAAAAAGAAACAACCAACUGGCCGAUAAAACAGAAUUCGAAGAAUAGAAUGAGAUUGAUUGAUUGGCUAUGUGCUGAUAAUUCGAUUUUUAAUAACGCAGUAAAUGUGUUAUGUUUAGUGAUAUUAUCAUACUUUUUUUUAAUUAUGUAUUUUAUGCUCUAUUUCUUUCAAAUAGUUCAGACCAAAGCGUAGCCCGGCAUUAUCUAAUUAGCAGUAAUGAUAUAAAAAUCGAUAUUACUAUGUAUAUACAUCAAUGUUUUUAAAUUGGUAAAAUGAGACCUAUAAAUAUUUUGUAUAUUGAUGUUUUGAAAGCGGUUGUCUGUGCGUAAGUUAUGGUGCUUUUUAAUGAAUAUAUUGUAUUUAUUUAAUCACAGCUUGUAAUGGAUAAUAAUAAGGAUUGUAAAGUUCAAUCAAUGUUUCUCCGUAAAAGCAAAUAAUUGAUAUUUUUGUGGCGGAAUAAUAGCUUGUCUUUAGUUAAAGCAUCCGAUGUUGAACAAUAAACGUAUUUUUGUAAUCUAUGAAAUACUUCUACAGAAAGUUCUGUAAGAUUUCAUCUGUAUAAAAUUAUUAAACAAAAUUCGUAUAUUAUGCUAUGUAUAUUGUUGAGAUUUAAAUAUAGCAGCUCUUAUUUUGUAUAUUUUGACAAAUUUUGUGCUACUUCGGCACAUGCUUUUA